GAAAAUUCUCAAAGUUACUUGUGUUUCAGAUUGCUUCCAAGUAUGAUCAUCAAGCAGAAGAAGAUCUUCGCAAUUGGAUAGAAGAAGUGACCGGCAUGAGCAUUGGCACCAACUUUCAGCUGGGCUUAAAAGAUGGCAUAAUCCUCUGCGAACUCAUAAACAAGCUGCAGCCAGGCUCAGUGAAGAAGGUCAACGAGUCCUCAUUAAACUGGCCUCAGUUGGAGAAUAUUGGCAACUUUAUUAAAGCUAUUCAGGCUUAUGGUAUGAAGCCACACGACAUAUUUGAAGCCAAUGAUCUUUUUGAGAAUGGAAACAUGACACAGGUUCAGACUACACUGGUGGCUCUAGCAGGUCUGGCUAAAACAAAAGGCUUCCAUACAACCAUUGACAUUGGAGUUAAGUAUGCAGAAAAACAAACAAGACGUUUUGAUGAAGGAAAAUUAAAAGCUGGCCAAAGUGUAAUUGGUUUGCAGAUGGGAACCAACAAAUGUGCCAGCCAGGCAGGUAUGACAGCCUAUGGGACCAGGAGGCAUCUUUACGAUCCCAAAAUGCAGACCGACAAGCCCUUUGACCAGACCACGAUUAGUCUGCAGAUGGGCACCAACAAGGGAGCCAGCCAGGCGGGGAUGUUAGCGCCAGGUACCAGAAGAGACAUCUACGAUCAGAAGCUAACCUUGCAACCAGUGGACAACUCGACAAUUUCUCUGCAGAUGGGUACCAACAAAGUUGCUUCCCAGAAAGGAAUGAGUGUGUAUGGGCUCGGGCGGCAGGUAUAUGAUCCCAAAUACUGUGCUGCUCCAACAGAACCUGUUAUUCACAAUGGAAGCCAAGGAACAGGAACAAAUGGGUCAGAAAUCAGUGAUAGCGAUUAUCAGGCAGAAUACCCAGAUGAGUAUCAUGGCGAGUACCAAGACGACUACCCCAGAGAUUACCAAUAUGGUGACCAAGGCAUUGAUUAUUAGAUUCACAGAGAGGAGCUCAGUAUUUAGCCCAUUGUUUUUAUUCAGUGACAACCAAGCCUUGAGUAAUUUUUAUCUUGUCUUCCUAAAACACUAUUAUGCUUAUUGUACCUAAAAGAAAUAUUGCCUUACAUACAUUCCUUUUUCCUUUUUCUGCCUCUUCCCUAAAUAGUUGCCUUUUAGUGCUGUAAUGGUUAAAUCCUACAGCAUAACCAAUAACUCGCAUAUGAAGUAAAAAGGAAUACUGUGAAAGGGGAGUACUCUUGUACAGCCAAUUCUUUACAGAUCUAUGCAUUUUUACAAUCUUCUACUUAAACUGGUGUUUUCAAAUAAUAGGGAGC